GACAAUGAAAACGAAUCAGAGAGGAGUAUCGGGCGCGAGGAAGCGAUUGUGAACAUCAUCUCUAGUCGGCAACGGUGUUCGAGACAUCAGAUCGAUCUGAAGCGGGCGAUUUGUAUCGAGCAUGACGCGAAGAGGCAGGAGGUGCUGUUUGAGGGGGUCAGGUUUAUGUUGUUUUCUGCAGACAACGUACCUGUAGUAGAGGAUAAAGGCGAGUGGAUCCGCGUGCCUUUCUCCGGCCGCAUCGAGGUUCGCGUUAAGGAGAAUAAAUUCUCCAUGAAGGACGCGGUGAUCGAGAUUGUGAAUAGACGGUGGACGAUCGACAACAGUCAGUUGGUCAAGAGGGAGAUUUUGGCUGCCCGCAAGGCGGUAGACCCGGUGGGCUCGGAUACUGCUGGUCCGGUGAGUCCCAUGUCGAAUGCAAGUGGGGGCCUGCAGUCGACAGGUACGCCGCAAAUCGGACUGCCCGGUGGUAUGAGCGAGUUGCCAGCGGCGUUGUCGGGGCUGGUCAUGACUGACAGUAGGAGUCUACCGCCAUACCCUCAUUCGGCAACGGGGACGUCGACCGUUUCGGGAAGCUCCGUCGAUGCUGGGGAUAAGUUUCUGAAAACUUGA